AUGAGCGAUGCUGGUUCGGUAUUGUGGGCCAUCACGAUGGCCUUACUGUCAAUUGUGACAGUAGUCGGCAAUUUAGCCGUACUACUCUCAUACUACCUCGACAAGAACAUUCGUCAUCCGUCCAACUAUUUCAUAUUCUCACUAGCUGUAUCGGAUCUGAACGAAGAUGAUGUCACGUCACGUCUUUUGACAAGUAAUGGACGUUUUAUACGUUUCUUGUGUCAUCACGAGCGUCACAUCAUGACUGCCUCGCACUUCACAAAUUCAAUCAGCCUAGCUAAAUACCCUUCGGCAAUGUUCUGCGUACUAUCGUGCAAGACUGUCGUCUCUUUCGUUAGCGUCUAUUCGUCAAGGUUAAUGACCCAUUAA